AGGACGAGCUGGCCAGACGAUGGCCCAAGGGCCUGUGAUCCAUGUGGCCCCAGAGAAGCCCACCUAUGCCGUGUGCGUGCUGGGCACCGAGACUCAGCUGGAUGUCUACGGCUCUGCCCCCAAUGGCUACACCUCCUUCAGCAUCGAUGCCUCCCCGGGGGUGGUCGUGGAUGUUGCUCACAGCCCUCCUGCCAAAAAGAAUCGCACAGGUCCCUCCAGGUGGCUCCUGGACCCUGGGCUGGAGGUGAGCCUGAGGAUGAGAGCUGCCAGCAAUAGCACAAGUGACCAGAAGGUUCAGAUUUCAUACUAUGGACCUGAGACCGCCCCAGUCCAAGCCCUGCUCUACAUCACUGGGGUUGAAAUCUCCCUGAGCGCAGACAUCGCCCGCACUGGCAAAAUAAAGCCCACCGGAGGCAGGAAAGACCAGAGGUCCUGGACCUGGGGCCCUCGUGGGCAGGGCGCCAUCCUGCUGGUGAACUGUGACAGAGACAGUCCUGAAUCUCCCACCAUGGACUGCAAUGAUGACCGGGUGCUGGACAGCAAUGACCUGCAGGACAUGUCCCUGGUGACCCUGAGCACGAAGACCCCCUGGGACUUCUUCAGCAAGCAUCAGCUGGUGCUCCACGUGGCCAAAUCCAUGAUGGACAAAGUCAGGGUGUUUCAAGGCAACGCAGACAAACAGCCCUCCAGCUACCGCAUGGUCCUGGGGCCGCAGCAGCCAUGUCACUCGCUGGAGCUCCCUGGUGGCCAGCACAGUGUGGACUUCUAUGUGGAGGGCCUGGCUUUCCCCGACGCCAGCUUCUCGGGGCUUAUUUCCCUCCAGGUCUCUCUGUUGGAUGCGUCCAAUCCGGAGCUCCCCAAGGCCCUGAUUUUCCAAGACAGCGUGGUCUUCCGUGUGGCCCCCUGGAUCAUGACCCCCAACACUCAGCCCCCCAAGGAGGUGUAUGUGUGCAGGAUAAUUGAAAGUGAGGACUUCCUAAUGUCAGUGGCUGCUCUGGCCAAGAAAGCCAAGUGCAAGCUGAUCAUCUGUACCAAGGAGGAGAGCAUGGACGACCGGUGGAUGCAGGAUGAGAUGGAGAUUGGCUACAUCCAAGCCCCACACAAAACAAUGCCGGUGGUCUUCGACUCACCGAGGAACAGAGGCUUGAAGGAUUUCCCCGUCAAAUGCAUGCUGGGUCCAGAUUUUGGCUACGUGACUCGAAUGCCCCAAACAGGGAGGGUGACUGACCUUGACUCCUUUGGGAACCUGGAAGUGAGUCCCCCGGUCACGGUCGGGAAGAAGGAAUACCCGCUGGGCAGGAUUCUCUUUGGAGACAGUGGUUACCCCAGCCAGGAAAGCCAGGAGAUGCACCAGGCCCUGCAGGAUUUCCUUGGCGCCCAGCAGGUGCAGGCCCCAGUGAAACUCUACUCUGACUGGCUGUCUGUGGGCCACGUGGACGAGUUCCUGAGCUUCGUUCCGGUGUACAAGAAGGGUUUCCGACUGCUCCUGGCCAGCCCCAGGUCCUGCUACAAACUGUUCGAGGAGCAGCUGAAGAAGGGCCACGGGGAGGCCCUGCUGUUUCAAGGGCUCAAGAGAAAAAAACAGCAGAAAAUAAAAGACAUUCUGUCAAACAAGAAACUGAGAGAACACAAUUCCUAUGUGGAGAGCUGCAUUGACUGGAACCGGGCGGUGCUGAAGCGGGAGCUGGGUCUGACCGAGAGGGACAUCGUGGACAUCCCCCAGCUCUUCAAGCUCCAGGAAGACAUCCGAGGGAUCCUCAAGGCCGAAGCCUUUUUCCCAAACAUGGUGAACAUGCUGGUGCUGGGGAAGUACCUGGGCAUCCCCAAGCCCUUCGGGCCCAUCAUCAAUGGCCGCUGCUGCCUGGAGGAGAAGGUGCGCUCCCUGCUGGAGCCGCUGGGCCUCCACUGCACCUUCAUUGACGACUUCUUCUCCUACCAUGUCCGGCACGGGGAUGUGCACUGCGGCACCAACGUGCGCCGGCAGCCCUUCUCCUUCAAGUGGUGGCACAUGGUGCCCUGAGCCCGUCCCCCCACCACCUCUCCCUCUGGAUGCUCCCAGCCAGAGGCUCUGGUCCCCUGCAGUGCGGCCCAGUGAGGGCUCUUGGGGACAUUUUGGCUCCCAGGGUGGGUUGGGGGGCACCAUCCAGGCAGCAGCUUGAUUCCUUUCCCUGUUCCCCGGUUCCUGGAACCCCCGCUGAAGACCCCUGACAUUGAAAACUCAGUUCUGCUGUGAGACGCUGCAAUAAAGUUUUCUAUCACUUUGAACAUGA